CGGCGGCGGAAGGAGGAGGAGCUCCGACCGCGCUCUCUCCCGGCAGUGGCUGUGCGUCUCAGCGCUUGUCGGGUCCCCACCCCUUUUAAAUAAGCCCGGCUGGUCGCAGCCUUCACUGACUAGCUGACUCCGGGGAGGCGGCGGCGGCGAGACAGCGGGGGUGCGGCCGGGCCGGAGCCCUGCUCCGGCCCCGGCGGCGUGGCGGACAGGAGAGAGGCAGGCGAGGCCGCGUCUACCUGUGCGGCGCAGCCCCGGCAUAGCCCGGGUCUGCCGGUGCCCGCCGCUCCAUUGUUGGGGGAGGGGGCGGUCUCUGAGCUUGGCGGAGUCCGGGGCCGAGCGGAGGCGCCCCAUGGGGAACACGUUGAGCUGUUGCGUGUGCCUCAGUGCCAACCGGCGCGUGGGGCCUGCGCCAGACUCCGAGUCUGAGGUCUACGAGGCGGCGGCCGGAGACCCGGUGGCCGUAGCACCGGCGCCGGCUGCCGUGGAACCCACCGAGUUGGAUUUCCGAGCGGGUGAAGGCCACCACCUGCAGCACAUCAGCGACCGGGAGAUGCCCGAAGACUUAGCUUUGGAAUCAAACCCUUUUGACCACCCAAGGGCAAGCACAAUUUUCCGGAGCAAAUCUGAAACGGACGUGCGAGAAAAGAGGAAGAGCAACCAUUUAAACCAUGUAUCUCCAAGGAAGCUUACUAAAAGGUAUAGCUCAUGCCCAACCAUAUUUCCAGAUGACAGCACAGUCAGCGAGCCUAAUCUUAGAACCACAAUAAAAUGGGUGAGCUUAGAAAUAUAUAACCACAUAAAAAACAGAGAUUCUAAUAGGUCCUUGGACAUUUUUGAUGAGAGAUCACAUCCACUCACACGAGAAAGGGUUCCGGAGGAGUACUUUCAGCAUGAUCCUGAACCCAAAUACAUCUACAGAUUUGUGUAUGCUCUCUUCAGUGCCGCCCAGCUGGCUACUAUUAAAUGUGCAAUAGUGACUUUGGUUUACUUAGAAAGGCUUUUAACUUAUGCUGAGAUCGACCUUUGCCCCACUAACUGGAAAAGAAUUGUUUUGGGAGCCAUUCUUCUUGCCUCCAAGAUUUGGGACGAUAAGGCUAUUUCGGACUACUGCCAGAUCCUAAAGGACAUUACACUUGAGGACAUGAAUGAGGCGGAACUGCACUUUGUGGAGCUCCUCCAGUUUCAUCUUAAGGUUUCCACCAGUGUUUAUGCCAGAUACUACUUUGACCUUUUCUCCUUAGCAGAUGACGACAACCUGAGUUUUCCAAUUGCUCCUUUUAGCACAGAAAGAGCACAGAGCCUAGAGGCCAUCUCCAGACUGUGUGAAGACAAAUACAAAGUGGGCAGAGUUGCUGUGAGAAGGUCUUUCAGCGCUGAUCAUUUCAUUGGUAUUCAGCGCUCCAAUGCCAUCCUCUCAUGAACAGAGAGAGGUGAGGGGUUGUAACAUCAUGAACCCCUCGUAACAAGGACUGGAGAAAUACCACCUCUCCUGCUCAGAAACCAGCAAAGUUAGUAUUUCACCCAGAAGAAAGACACUGAAUUCAAGAGACUUGCAGACAGCAAAGGUUAUGGUCAUAGGAAAAAACUGGACCUUGUCAAGACAACACACUCUUCUGUCCUUUUUAAUGUAAACAGAGUUACAAAAACCACUCCAAAGCUAAAAGCUCCCAACCCACCCACAGAUAUUUGCUUACUGUGUAGGCCGAUAACUGUGAACUAUGUGAGGUUUUUUUAAUAGUUUAAAUU